GCGCCAAUCAAAAUCUCUCAGCAGUUUUAUUGAUAGCAUGCGACGAACAAGGAGUUGCCGGGGCAAGUCUGUGCCCGAUUCAGGCAGUGAAUCGUCAGAGACGAAAACAGUUUGGCAGUGGAAGGGGGACGAUGAGUGGGAACCGUAUCCUCCAGCUGUCUGUGUCCAGCUGGAUACAGCAAAACAGGCUGGAGAAAAGUCGGUGUCACUGGCACUUGGACCUGGUUAUGAAGUGGAUCUUGUGAAAAUGACUCAAACUAACAAUGUCACUAAGUACAAACGAAAAAUACGCCUUCAGAAAGUGAAGUCAGAAGAUCUGAAUGAAAGGGAUGCUUUGAAUGGUAAUAAUGGAGCUGCAGCUGUUCUUCCGAUUAAAGAAGAGAAAGAGGAGGAAGAGGAGCAACCCGUUUCCAAGAGACGCAAAGAAGGGAGGAGUCAAAGGGUGAACAAAACAAAGCCCGUUGUAAAAGAGGAAUGUGAAGAAGAGGUUGUAAAGACGGUGGUUAUGAAGGGAAAAGCCCCGGUUGAUCCGGAAUGCAAGGCUAAAAUUGGAACGGCCCACGUCUACAACGAGGGCGCCGAUGUAUAUGACGUUAUGCUGAAUCAGACUAAUCUUCAGUUCAACAAUAACAAAUAUUACCUGAUUCAGCUUCUUCAAGAUGACAGUGCAAAAGCCUACAGUGUUUGGAUGCGGUGGGGACGAGUUGGUAAAGUAGGACAGAACAGCUUAGUUAACUGUGGGGGGCAUCUAGCUCAGGCCAAAGACACCUUCAAAAAGAAAUUCUUUGACAAGACAAAAAAUGAGUGGGAGCAUCGAGCACAUUUUGAGAAAGUUGCAGGGAAAUAUGACAUGCUGUUUGUAGACUACAGCACUGAAGACAAGGAGAAGGACAAGGCUGUGGUAUCCUCCCCACUUCAAAAGCCCUGCCAACUGAACAGCAAGGUCCAGUCUCUACUAGAGCUUAUAUGUGACCUCAAAGCCAUGGAGGAGUAUGUGCUUGAGAUGAAGUUUGAUACCAAAAAAGCCCCGCUUGGAAAACUAACAACAGAGCAAAUAAGAGCUGGCUACGCCUCCUUGAAGAUAAUUGAAGAAUGUUUAAAGAGGAAGAAGAGUAAUAAAGAACUCUUGGAUGCAUGCAACCAGUUUUACACUCGUAUCCCCCAUGACUUUGGGUUGAAGACACCACCCAUAAUACGCACAGAGGAUGAGUUAAAGGAGAAAAUCGCUUUGCUUGAGGCUCUAAGUGACAUUCAGAUAGCAGUGAAAAUGGUUCAGUCUAGUGUUCAGACUGAUGAGCAUCCUUUGGACAGACAUUAUCGCUCUCUACAGUGUCGUCUGGAGCCACUGGAUUCUCACUGCAAUGAAUACAAGGUUAUAGAGAAGUAUCUUCAGUCCACUCAUGCACCCACCCAUACUGACUACACAAUGACUAUUCUGGACGUCUUUGCUGUGGAGAGAGAGGGCGAGAAGGACAACUUCAACACUGAGCUGGAAAACAAGAUGCUCCUGUGGCAUGGCUCUCGUCUGACGAACUGGGUGGGGAUCCUGAGUCAGGGGCUGCGAGUGGCCCCUACAGAGGCUCCCGUGACCGGAUACAUGUUUGGUAAGGGGAUCUAUUUUGCUGACAUGUCAUCUAAAAGUGCCAAUUACUGCUUUGCCAAUCAGAAGAACAACCAGGGACUCUUGUUGCUGAGCGAGGUUGCCCUUGGGGAUAGUAAAGAGCUUUUGGAUGCGGAUUACAGUGCUGACCAACUGCCUUCUGGGAAACAUAGCACAAAAGGCCUGGGGCAGACUGCACCCGACCCAAAUAACUAUGUUGCAUUGGAUGGUGUGAGCGUACCCAUGGGGCCCUCAGUUAAGACUGGGGUGGGGCAGAAAGGAGGUUACUCUCUCCUUUAUAACGAGUACAUUGUUUAUAACCCUGCACAAGUACAGAUGAGGUACCUCCUUCGAGUUCAGUUUAACUUCUCUUCGCUGUGGUGAGGCUGAGGGGAUUCUUUACAUAAGCACACUGACAUUCUUUACAGUAUGAGGUGAAGGACCUACCCUAUAGUUAUACAGUAUGUAGCUCUUCAUGAAUUUGAAUAGACUCUCAAAAAUCCUAAAAAAAUGGUAUAUUGUUCUGUUAAUGUGUUUUAUCUCCCGUUGCAACCUGAAGCUGAUAUGGGUAAUUUCUAUUAACAUAAAUGGAAUAUUGCAAUUAUUAAUCGAAAUAAAUAAUAAUUAAAUAUAUUUUCUACUGA